GAAAGGUUCACCAAGUGAACGAGGGAGACAUCUGAGUUUACAACAGAAUUUCGAUAGAGAGAAUGCUGAUGAGGCACUGAAGGAUGAGGUCAACUUCUUGAAAUCCUGUGGUACACUGUUAGAAACACCUAUGGAAAUUCGAAAAGCAUCAGAAAAAUCAAUAGUCGAGAUUUCCACCACUGACAAAGCGUGCAAAAAGCUUCACUGGGAUGAGCAGCAUGAUGACUUAUCCAACGCUGCCACUAAAGUCAAUGAAGAUUCUGAUUCCCUAGAAAGUAAAGCUGGAAGUUUCUCUCUUGAGGAGCGUCAGACCCGGAGGAAGAGUGUGCGAUUUGAUGAAGAAGUCGAUCAUAUCUCUGGAAAUAAAUUACUGGAUUCUGCAGAUCAGAAUCUCUCUCCUCAAACUGGGAACCAAACCCAGCAACUUGGUUCGGAUCAUUCACCAUAUCCAACUCCACAAAGUUUGAGCGAAGAUACGCAGACUCCUAGAACCAUUUGUACACCCAAAUCGACUGGAAAUAAUGCUAGGAUUCGAACUCAGUAUGUCUAUCCUAUUUCAAAUUCUCUGCAGAAUUUGUCUUCGUCAGAAGGAGCUCAGAUGAGUAAUUUUAUUCAAGAUGGAGAAAAGUCACAGCAGACUUCAGUCGCACUUUGCUCUACAGAAUUAUCUCCAGACGACAAAACGGUCAACGACCGUCACACAGUUUUUAAGGAGAAAAUAGACUUCAACCAAGAAAAUCCAAAGCUUGUUGUUUCGAGCUUAUCGCAGUGGCUGAAACCGCCGCUAACAAAGGAAGAGAGAUGGGAGAAAAGUAAUGUAAUGAAUGAAAGAUCUCCUUCUAGUAAAAGUCCUAAUGCCGAUAGACCAAUAAUUGGAAUGGUUGCAGCACAUUGGAAAGAGAACGAACCUUCUAGCAUCUCACCUAAGUGGUUUGAUGGAAAUGGAAUUCCAAAUUCAACAAACAAAUACAAGGAGGACCAGAAAGUAAGUUGGCAUGCAACACCAUUUGAAGAGAGGCUCGAGAAAGCCCUAUCAGAUGAAAAGCUUUUCCCUCGAAGUGAGCUUAAUGGAAGGCCAGUUGAUCUAGAUGAUGAAGGUGAAGAGAGUGACACAGCGGCAUCCUAAGUUCGGCAAGUUAAACAUCAUCACCGCGGUUCGGUCCUGCAUAGACUUGGCAUUCCCUGUCGGGGUUCAACUUUGCUGCUUCUUUGUACAUAGGGAUCUCAACAAAGCAUGUAUCAGCUGCCCACAUUGGGGUGUCAGUUUGCUAUUUGCAUUUUAAUCACUGGGAGUAAUAUCAGCCAUCGCGUUUUCCAUUUGAAUUUGACUGCUUCCCGCUCUAAAAUAAGAUGUACGGCAGCAUAAGUUGGCUUAUAAGUUCAAUAUGGCAGAAUGAUUUGUGUUUA